AUGGAAGGUUCUAAAAUCAUUAACCUUAUUUUAGCUAUAUUUUUACCACCAGUAUCUGUCUUUUUAGUUAAAGGUUGGGGUACUGCCUGUAUCGUCGACAUUGUUUUGACUAUCUGUGUCUUUUUCCCAGGUAUGCUAUAUGCUUUAUACAUUGUCAUGUCUGAAUGUUAG